GAUGUGCUUUCCAACUUCAACGUCAGUCUUUAAAGAAACUUCUCACAAAACGGGUGCUGGUUUCGAUUUUAGCGCUAACAGUCAGACUGAACUUGUAAAUAAUUCGCGUGUCGGUUAGCGUAAAUUGACGCUGAAACACAACAAACAAAGAGCGAGCUUAAAUACGUGCAAACAUACAUACGUUCAUGAGUCAACAAGAAGGCGACAACAACCUACGUUCGUACAUAACUAUCGGUCAACAAAACAACGGUCAGCUGUUCCAACCAGUGAUAUUUCCAAUUGAGUUUUUCCACUUGAAGACUAACUUCAAUCAGCAGUGCCACAAAACCAUAACGACAACAACGAAAACAUUGUUCCUAUCCCCAUCCGAAGAAGAAGAAGGAGAACUAGAUUGAUUUGCCAGCGAAGUUGAGUGUAGGGGAACAACAGAUUCUUAUCGAGACAACCAGACCGACCGGACAAGCAAAUAAUGAACUGAAGUCUUUUUCUUAUAAGCAUCUUCUUCAAGAGCGGAUAGUAAAACCACCAUAAAGAGAUACUCAAGUGGCCUAUGGUCGACGGGCAAAUGGAUAAUUGCCAGCAACUUGAAAAAAACAAUAUGCUAUAAAACAAACUCAAGGAGAACGAACAGAAAUAAAUAACAAAAAGAGAAAUAACAGCAACAAUAGGAGUAGCGGAGAAAAUAGCCAAAGAUCUUCCAAAGCAGCGAAUCGAGUGUUGCAGUAAAACACAGGCUCCACCAUCAUCAUUAGUUGUAUUCAAGAAGGAAUGACUUGGCGUGAUCAACAACGAUCGAACAACGAAAACGGAAGAUUGUGCGACAGACAACAAACCAAAGAAGUGUUGUCAUCUUUUAAAUUUGAUCAAUUUGAGGAACAAGCAACAACAAUCCCACCAACACCACUCAUCAUAACAAGAGAUCAGCUUGGCCAGCCAAGUGAGUCAUAGAUUGCCAUCAAGUCAUAAGCUGAUUUGUACACCACCGCCAACAACAACGACAAACGUGAAACAAAGGCAAAAGCUCAAACUCAAAAGACAAUAAAUAAAUAUUGAAUUUGGCUCGAAUCGAAAUCGUUUAGAAGUCGUAACCAGAGACGUUUCAAUAUAUUCUAGUUCUAUUCGAAGCGAUCUUACUCACGUUCAUUAUUUAAAAAUAUAACGCCUAUUUCUGGAGAGUACAACCCAAACCCCACGCAAAACAAUAGACUACCUUGCCAGCUUGUUUCGGAUUUUUCUUUUUUAUUUUUUGCAAAACAAAGCUACCGCAACCUACGACGAACCAGCUAACAACAGUCGUGCCAUUCACGCCGCCAUAGAUUACUCAUUCAUACUUCGCUUCGAUCACGUCACGCUCCUACAUAGAGCGUUUGACAAUUGACUUGCUGCUGCCAUCGCAGACGCUUGUGUCGUCUGAACUUCUUGCCGAGACAAGCUAUCUGUGUCUCACAAAACGCCAAUAGCCCGAGCUGUAAUUUUUUUUCUUUGUCUCCGCUGUCAUCAUCGUCGUUAGCUGUGAACAUAUUUGGCGAUGGCGUCACAAGGUGUCGCUGCCACCUCAAGGCUGGCUGAAAUGCAGAUGAGAUUUCAAAGAAAACAGCUACUGGAACGGGAGCAGAAGAAACUGGCACUGACGGGAAGUGAUAGUGGAAUCGAGACAACAACAACGACCACCAGAAAUGCCAUUGGAAAUGGAAAGGUUCGUCAAAUGUUCGAACAACGACGCGGUGUGGGCAUUGACCGCAGUCACCCAUUGAAACCAAUAACAACAACAACGACUACCACCACAAUAACAAAAACACAACAAAAUCCUGCACGUCGUCUAACUGGUGGAGGCAAUGCAACUACUACUGCCACCCGACGAACCGUAGUUACCACCACAAGGCAAAACACCACAUCAACAUUGAAAAGUUCCCACUCAAAUUCCAGUCCAUUCGCCUCGAAUGGAAAUCUAUUCGGCGACGAAUUAGAUUCGAUGGAUAAUUUGGAUAGUGAAACCUUGCCUAAGGGGUUUUCUUCCUUAAGUCUGGACAACACAAGAGUUAUGGGCCCACCCGUCAGUGAUGGUAACAACAACAGCAGAAGUUCGAAUGGGAUUCGCAGAGACGUUAUGGACACAACAGUUACCUUGGGCCGGAAGCCUACAACAACGAAUGGCAUCAAACUGAAUCCAGUAAUAACUAAAAAGUCACCGACUACGACAGCACCUCGCACAAUGGCUGCUGCCCAAUCAAGGACCCCGAGCAGCGCGAGUCGUACAUCAACAGUGUCCCGAACGUCGGCGGCAUCCAGUAAUGGAACAGCAACGAAAUCCCCAGAGAAAAAGACCCCCACAUCCGUCACUUCAACAACAACCAAAACAGGAGCAAAGACCACAUCUAAAACUGGAAGUAAACCGGCCACAUUUGUUAUGGCUGUGAAACCGCCCCCUCGCAUCACAACACCACCCCCCGGUAUGGCCACUUGUCAGUAUUGUAAUCGCAAUUUCAACGAAGAUCGCCUAUCCAAACACGAAGAGGUCUGUCGCAAAAUGGUCACUACCAAACGCAAAAUAUUCGAUGCUUCAAAACAUCGUGUCAAGGGUACGGAAGCAGAAAAAUAUGUUGCCAAAAAGAAGGGUGUAACAGCAGCUCCUAAGGCUGCUGUGGCUAAGAGUACACCAGCUGAUUCAUCGAAGAAGGGUAAUUGGCGCAAAAAGCAUGAGGAAUUCAUAAAUGCCAUACGUGAAGCCAAAAAGGUACAAGCUUAUUUGGCCAAAGGCGGGAAGUUGAGCGACUUGCCACCACCACCACCCUCUGAGAAUCCCGAUUACGUUCAAUGUCCCCACUGUAGUCGACGUUUCAACGAAGCUGCAGCCGAACGCCACAUACCGAAGUGUGCCAAUAUGCAGCACAAUAAACCGAAACCGCCACAGAAGAAACGGUUUUAAAUAAUCUCGACUUCAGUGGAUCACUGUAUUUCUACAUUUCCUGUCAUCACUCAUAUUCGAUGAUAAAUGGCAUUAUCGACAUAUUUUAAUACAAUUUACAAUCUGCUAUCCAUAAUGAAAUAUUAUUUCUUACUAAUUAUCUACUAAUCUUUUUUAAAAAGGAGAAAAACUGAAAUGUAAUGAGCGUUAGUUCUUAUAAUCCUGUACAUGUUGUGAUAAAUUAUUUGUGAACUCAUUAUUUUUUGUUUAGUUCUUAUUAAUCGAAUAUAAUGAAAGAAAAAGAGUUGAAUUUAAAAAUAAUAAACCAAUAGACAUUUGAAAAGUU